UAUCUUCUCUUCUCACCUGAUCUCAGUGUGGAAAAACAAAGCAGGAAAAAAGGCAAUUUUCUAAAAUGUUUUUCUGCCCUGGGAAUUAUUCGAAACCAAAAAAUUAUUGCACUUCGAUUUGAAUAUUUCUCAUACAUUUUACAAUAAUUCUCUUUCCGAAUGUGCGGUCAUACGUGAUCAAUAGUUCGCUACACGUCAUCUCUCAAUUUUUUUUUAUUUUCUUUCAUCGCUAUAACCAUAUAAAUACCGCACACAUUCACGCACUCCUACAUUCAGUCAAUGUGUGUGAGAAAGCUUUGAAUAAAUUAUCAUCAGGCCUAUAGGUAUAAGCCCGCUGAGGCCUAUAACACAAAAGUUUGAAGACUUUAUCAACGACUUUUUCAACGUAGUACAAUCCAUUUUUUUAUUUAUCCGUUUCUUUAUCUCUUUAUUUAUGUAAUUGUUCGUUUGUAUUCAGUCUCGUCGGAGGAGAUAAUUAUUUUUACCCGAUCGUACUUAUGCCGCUUGCCCGUUUGUGGUAACAAUUCGAUAUUUCGAUCUGGUGGUUGGAUCUUCGAAGAGGGCAUGUUAUACGCGAUGAUAAAAAUCUGACAAAGGAUAAUAAAUUGCUGUUUGUUAUUACAGUGACUUUUUUUUUUCUUCAUUUCUCUCUCUUUUCUUCACUUUUCUUCUUUCUUUCGUAACGCUUUCGAAAUUAAAAUAACGAACAAAGCAUAAAACCGUAUGAACUGACACGGCUUGACAAAUGUGCAAUACUUUUUUGUGUUAAUUUAACUUUCUUCUUCUUUUUUCAUUAUUUCUGUUGAAUGUAUUUACCGCUGGAAUAUCUAGAUUUUAUUUCUAGCAAAUUUUUCAUCUCGCAUACCGUUUCGCCGAAAAUUGUAACUAUGAUAUUGGUAAUUGUUUAUGUAAUUUUCAAAGGUACAGGAAGGAAAAUAUGACAGCUAUUGCGGCGGACGUUCAAGUUCUUCAGACUUUGAAAGUUCAUACCAGUGACGUUAACAGCGUAGACUUUGCUGGGGACUGCAUAUUGGUGACCGCUUCGGGGGACAAACGUGUCAGAGUAUGGGAGUGGCAAAAAGGUUUGGGUUACGUAGAGGCGGAAUAUUCUCCUUUGUCAGCUCACAAAUACGGAGUUACCUCCGUAAAAGUAAGCCCGCAAUGCACGAUGUUGGCUUCCGCAAGCAUAGACGGUACCACACAUCUAUGGAACUUGAGGUCGGGAGCGAGGAUACACACGAUGGUUCAAGCCGGGGGCGAAGCUGUUAGAGCUUGCAAAUUUUCACCCGAUUCUACCCUGUUGGUAACCGCAGGUGACAGCGGUCAAGUUUGCGUCUGGGAUUUGGUGCACCGAAAUUUGAUACGAACAUUUCAGCAGCACGAAGGGGCCGUACAGAGCGUCUGUUUUUCACCCGACUCGUGCUGGCUAUUGACAUCGUGCACAUUCGGUGUGUUAAAAUUGUUUUCUUCAGCUGAACUGAGCGACGCUUGUACUUCGGACGGUCAAAUUAUAUCGCCGUUGACUUCCGUCGACGAUGCACACGACUUGGGGGUCGUCUCCUGCGAUUUCUCCGUCCAUCAGGAAGUCACGGAUAACGAAGCAUUUACAAAGCUCUACAAUUUGGUGACAUGCGGUAACGACCAUACGGUAAAAUUAUGGGAAGUUAGCGUGACGCAAAAUAAAUGCGAAACGCAUCCUUCGUUUGCAUCGAUAAGCUUGUCUAGAAUAAUGGAAAAGCACAGUAGCACGUUGACUUGCGUUCGUUUUAAUUCUAUCGGGUCCUACAUCGUUAGCAGCGGUUUGGACAAAGCCACGGUUAUUUGGGAAACAAGCACUGGGAAAAUAAUGGCGGUGUUGGGAGGUCACAAGAGGUACGUGGCGUGUUGCGCCUUCUCCAGGGACGGAAAUUUGGUAGCCACCGGAUCCAACGACAAGUCCGUCAUCGUAUGGGACUUGACCGGGAACUUGAGCUUAGAUUCCGAACUCGUGAAGCCUUGCAGUCCGAAACAACAUUACACCAGCGGUGCCGAGACGUUCGUGGGCGAACAAGAAGUGGUGAAACAGGCGGAAUGUUCGGACAACAAAGUCAGAUUGAUACAAAAGAUCGACGAUCAUGGCGGGGCCGUGAACACGGUCGCUUUUCACGCGAAUAAUCUCGUGGCGUCGGGUUCGGGGGACAAGCUCGUCCGCAUAUGGGAAGCCACGGAAUUCGACGAGGAGUUGAAAUUUGAGGAGAAAAGUUUCAGCCCCUUGGAAGGGCACAAGUACAGCGUGAAUCACGUGGAAUUCAGUCCGUGCGGUACGAUGUUGGCCUCUUGUUCUCUGGACGGUACAACGAUAGUCUGGGAUACGGAGAUGGGCGGCAGAGCGAAAUCGAGCUUCGUCAAUUCCGGAUCGGGGAUACGCGUUUGCCGAUGGUCCCCGAACGGGAGAAUGAUCGCCACAGCCGGGGAUGACGAAAAAACUACUCUGUGGAGCGUCGACACCAUGGAACAGAUGCGAAUUUUCGGGGGUCAUUCCGACGCCGUGACCGCCGUGGCCUUCACGCCGGACUCGGACUAUCUGGUGACCGCGUGCAGCGAAGGAACCUGGCGGCUCUUCGACGACGGAGAUACCGCCAAUGAACUCCCUUUGAUCUGUUGCGAGGAAGGACACGAUUUGGGGGUACAGGAUGCCGACUUUAGCCCCGUCCUCGAACCUCUCGCGCCUACAGGGCCCGUUGCAGAUCCGAGCUUUGGGGCGACCAGGCACUCCAGCUACUUGUUGGCGACUUGUGGCAACGAUUCGUUGGUCAAAUUAUGGAACAUCACGAUCCACGGGACCGUCGACGACGAAGAAGUGGGGUACAACUCGAUCGGGACCGGCAAUCCCGGGGUCAACUACAAAUUGUGGAAGUUGAUGGCCGGGCACGGAGGUAACGUAAUGUGCGUUCGGUUCUCGCCGAUCAAUGGGGAAAUAUUGGGAAGUGUCGCGACGGACAGAACCGCGCGGUUGUGGAGCGUGCAUUCCGGAAUUUGUCUCCACGUGUUGGAGAACCACGACAGCCUCGUCACCGCGUGUGCCUUCGCCGAAGAUUUAUCGCUGUUCGUCACCGGAGCGUUGGACAAAACGGUGCUCGUAUGGAAGUUGCCGCAGUUAUUGAUAUCCCAAAGUAUUCUCGCCGACCGGCUGCGGCAGGCGAAGAAAAGAGUAGCGGAUUGGAAGUACGAUGAAGUUAUGCGAUGGUUCAAAGAAAUCGAGCUGCCCCAUUUGGCGGAAAAAAUUCAGGGGACCUCUCUGAACGGGCGUCAUUUGUUGACCAUGCCCGAAGAGAGCUUGAUAGACGGUUUGGAAAUUCGGGACGACGAAGAGACCGUCGAAACUUUUUCCAAACAACUGCAUUGGCUGAGGCGAGAAGACAACUACACCUGGGAUAUUAACGAUGAUACCGAAAUACCUCACGAAUUUCUGUGCCCGAUAACUCACGAAAUCAUGCGCGAACCCGUGCAGUGUUCAGACGGCUUCACCUACGAACGUGCGGCGAUAAACGAAUGGUUUCUGAGCGGGAAAUAUUCAAGCCCGAUGACAAACGCACCGUUACACGACACGACUUUCAACGCGAACGUCGCAUUGAGAAAUGCGAUAUGCACGCUUCUUUUCGGGGAUGGAGGCAAAAGAGUGUAAACCAAACGGAUGUCGCGGUUCGAUCCCCGGACUCGUCGAUGAUAAAAUACCACGGCGAUUCUUCACGUUGCAACGAUAGAAAAAAAAAUCCUGAAAGCACUGCACCAGAGGUAUAUUAUUAAAAAUUCUGUGCUGAGAUCCGAAUUUGAAAAAUUAUGCCGAGAGCGGACCAAUUAGAUUAAGUGCCGCAGUGCAGAGUCGUCGUAAGGUGUAUGACUUGGUUAGCCUUAGUUUAACAAUAAGUAUACGUAUGGUCUAAGAAUUUAAAUAUCUAUAACUCCAUGGAAAUUAAAUUAUUCGUUUCAGACUUAUUUGAAUAGGUAUACGCGAAUCAUAGUUCAGAAAUCUCUUGAAACGGUCCAGGUUUUAGUUUCUGCGUAUUGAAAUCUCCACGUUCCAAAUUAGAUUCCGCAUGUAUCGUAGUUUGUACACUAUUCUACGAGGUCGGAUACUUUUCCGAAUCUACGAAACUGAUUCUGGAAAACGAAUUGAUGAUAUUUUUUCGGCCUCAUUGUUAUUACCGAGGGAACGAUUUUUCUUAAUUCGUUAUAACUAUGUGUCUAACAAAAGAUAAAAUUAUAUUAUCUGUACUGGAACCUUAAUCAAAUCAUAAUUAGGUAAACGGCCUUUGGAUUACACAUACAUAUAAAUGACUGUGCAUAGUAUAACAUAGAAGAUCUUUAUACAGGUUUUUAGCAAAUUUUUGCACGAUUUCAACGCACUGAGUGAUACUUUGUUUCAUGUGUCUUUUCAAACCACGAUUAGGAAAAACAAGGGGAAAAAUGGAAGUCUGUAUUUCUGUGAUAAAUCGAUCGAAUCGAUACUCUUUAUGUAUAAUCGGAUGGUUUAAUGCAAUGUUAACUUUCGAUAAAGUUACUAACAGUAUUUAUACAGUGACCCAAUAAAAAUUUUGAAUAAUGCUGAACAACGGCACGACAGAGAGGGAAAUGGUGAAUAAUAGCAAGUAAGGUGGUACAUUCUCUCUCUCUGUAUCGGGGACGCAGCAGCGUAUUCCCGGAUUCCAUGUUAAAAUUAUGAAUAGAAAUAGUUUAGCUUCAUGAAUGUUUUCCUUGGGUAUUGCAAAAAUUAUAUUUCAGUCUCUGGUGUUCAGGAUGGAAUUAUUAUUCAAAUCAUUUCCGAAUGAUUCAGGAAUAGAUCCAUCUCGAGCCAAUGCUGAAUUCUGAUUCCUUAGUUUUCAGCUCUUCUACGUAUUUUAAACUCAAAACUAAUGAAAAUACCGAUCUUUUAUUUCAAUUAAUUGACGUAUCGAAUUAUUGGAGUUAACGCUGUACUUGACCGCUUAAAAAAGCAGACAAAUUGUAAUAUCUUUGUAUUUUGUAAUCAGAUUUUCUUCACCAGAAUCAAAAUACAUACAUAUAAUUACUA